ACCUUUCCCUCUCAAGGUGCUUGGAUUAACUGCAUGCAUCACAUAUUCCAGCUUCCCUCCUUCCCCAAAUUUCUCGGAUGUUUAAACAUUUUUAAUAAUUUUUUUUCUAAAAAAUGUAAAACAUUGCAAGUGUGUUGGACAAUUUUCAUAAAUAGUCUUUUUCUUAAAGAUUGAAAUAUUAUUACAGAAUGUCUCCCCUUCCUUUCAUCUCUCCAAAUCCCUCCACAUACCACUUGGUUCUCUCUUUAAAAUUCAUGGUUUCUCUCUUAAUUGUUAUGCAUAUAUAUGUAUUAGUUUUAAACAGAAUUCUUAGUACAAAGCUACAACUUUCCUGCUGAGAAUCAUGAUUAAGGCUCUCCUGCUUGUCCUGAGCUGCUCUCUUCAAGCUGACCUGCACAUCUGGUCCCUUCCUUGGCAUCUAGUUAUUACUUAGAUAAUAUUGAUAGGGAACUUUGGCGCAUUCAAAGAACACCCUUGUAUCUGAUGAAAGCCUGGUGCAGAUCAGUCCCUCCACAUCCCAGAGAGCUAUUGUCACACAGCUCACAUUCUGGUGGCCUUAACCAUCCAUCUCUCCUUUUACAGCAAUGCCGUUCCAAUUCUAUUUGUCCUUACUUUGAAUUGAGUAUCUCUGCUUUCCACCCUUGCUUCAGAAAACAUGCUCUUCCCCUCCCCCUUUUUAAAAAUUAUUGGAUAUUUUUUAUUUACAUUUAAAAUGUGAUUCCCUUUCCUGGUUUCCCGGCCAUAAGUCCCCUAUCCCAUCCCCCUUCCCUUCUUCUAUAAGAGUCUCCCCCUCCAAAACCACCCCCCCUUCCUCCCUCCCUGCCCUGACAUUCCCCUACACCUGGGGCUCCAGCCUUGGCUUCUCCUCCCAUUGGUGCCCAACAAGGCCAUCCUCUGCUACAUAUGCAGCUGGAUCCAUGGGUCUGUUCAUGUCUACUCUUUGGGUAGUGGCUUAGUCCCUGGGAGCUCUGGUUAGUUGGUAUUGUUGUUCAUAUGGGGUUGCAAGCCCCUUCAGCCCCAGCAACAUGAUCCAGUGAUUUUUUCCCCCCAACUCAGUUGUACAAUGUUUCAGUGAUCCCUCUUCAGGUUGAGCCAUGAUGUGGCCAGGAUGGGAAAUUUGAUAUGAUUGGCGUAGAAUACUUGUUUAUUUCCUUUCUGUAAAAAAUGAGAGCAAAGAGUGGCCCACUUGCUCUCUCCUUUGUUUGUAUUGCAUUAUAAGCUAUUAUUAGCUUUUAAUUGUUUUAAAAUGAAAGGGUUUUUUUUUGUUUUUUGUGUUUUGUUUUGGCUUUUAGCAGUAACUAAAAACGAUGUAUGUUACAUUGGCAGAUUGAAGAAAGAUAGGAAUAUGCAAGAACCAAGGUUUAGAGCAUUGAUAGAUGGACUGUGAUGUAGAUGUUUGCUAGGAGAGCGUUAAUAAUUCCUUGUAGGUCUCACAGGGGAAAGACCACAGCAUAUUUUUAUGAACGUGGGGAAGUUUGUUUUAUAGAGCUGUUCUUCUCCAACUGAUUUGUGGAUGCCGUUUAUAUGAUGUGUGCUUGGUUUUUUGAGACAGAGCCUCAAAGUUGCAGCCAAGGUAAUUCUUCUACCUCAACCUCCCUAGUGCUUGGAAUGUGCGGAGUUAAACUAGAAUGAUCUCUACAUGUUAUUUUCUUUAACUCUAAACCUGACGCCUCAGAUUUCAUUGGCAUAGUUUGGUGUCAGUAACCUUUAAAUGCAAAGGUUAAACAAGGAGUUUCUCAUAUACCUCUGCUGAAUUCAUUACAAUAAGAUUACCUUAAAAUAAAAAUUCAGGCUUAUUCUUUCUUUCUGUUCCUGAGCAACUACUGACAGGGGCAUUUACUUCAUGAUAAAUGGCUGGCUGCUUUUGUUCUCCUGAUGAUAUGUUUUUGAGUUUUGAAUGUCUCUAGGGACAAGAUACAUCUGUGCUUUGCCACACUGAAAACAAAACCCAGUAGCUGGCAGCAAAAGCUAUCCUUCUGUUUUACAAAUAGAGGUGGCCUUGGGCUUUUCCUCACUGACUGACUUCUAGAUCUUAUCUACCCCACUCGCCUUUGCCCUCUGCAGCACAGAAACCUCCGAACUGAACUUAUGACUUGUCUCUUUCUGGAGAAAAAGCAAAAGAAGAGAUAAUCCAUUUAUCAAUGAAAUACAUGAAGGGGAUAAUUUACUUUCUUGAAAACAGGUAAAGGUGGUUUUGAUGAAACUUCAAUCUGAGUAUUUCAUUCCUUUUGUUACCUUGGCCUCAGGGCAGAGUAGCAGAGGGGAAGAUUGAGGAAACUUUACUCAAGCCUUUAUUUCUCUUAUCUUGCAAAUGUUAGUACAGUAAGAUAUCUUUCAGAAGACCACCUAUAUCAUGUGUUAAAUCCAACAACGAAGAUUCAAAAAUGUCAUUCAGUGUUCAUGUCCUUGCCCUGAAGGAGUCAUAUUUCUGCCUUGCCCCUUUACAUGUGUAUAUAACUGGUAACAUGAAUCGCAGAACUCAGUGGCUUUAUAUCCUGUCUGGAUUAACUGCAAUGGUUGAAACACUAGUUUGCUGGCGUUCUCUUGUAAUACAUGCUUUAUUUAUUAUGGACUGAGUAGGAUGGUAAAUUCAGUUUUAUAGUAUAGUGCUGUUCAGAAGCAUGCCUCUGUUCAAUAUUGUUCUUGAACUCAGUGAUGGUCCUUCUGUAUAAGUAAUCUCAUCAGCCUCCUGUGUGAGCCCAUCCUUGAAGAAUUCCUCAUAUGGAUGCUUAAUGAAAAAAUAUACUACAAUUUUGUCCUUGUCAGUGAUCUCAGAACAUAUGAGAGGCUCAGAGUAGCAGCUAGAUAAAGCUUCACUGUGGGGGGAGUUCAGCAAUAUUUUCUCUGAAUGAAUAAGUAUCUUGCACAUCUCCGUUUUUAUAGAAAAAAACACAAAUGAUAAUCUUGAGCCUAUAUGAAGGACAGGGUUAUUUAUGCUUCUGUCUAGUAAAUCUCAUUCAUGUGGAACAUAUACCCCUGAUUCUAGAGCUCUGACCUCCAACUCUCAAGUCUUCUUGACUUGAAUUUCCUUCAUGUUUUUCAUGGUGCCCUGUUUUAAAUUCGCUAAACAAUAUGCAUUUAUGCAUCAAAGCCAAAACCUAUACUGAGCCAUAUUUUAUCCUGGAGGUUCUUAAUUAGAUCAAUAAGCCAUGGCUGUGUCCAUAAAGCAUAUGAAUACAGUAUACUCUAAUGCUUCCUCUUAAUGUUAUUUGGAAAAAUGAAGUCACAUGCAUGUUUUGCAACAAUAAAAAUGAAGUCUCAGAAAUCUAUAAUUUCUAUUUACUCUAGGAAUAAAAUACUUUUGGUCUUUA